AAUGCAAACUGAAUUUUUGAAGAAUGUUGAGGUUACCCGUUUCAACGGUCAAAAUGUUGUUCAGUCGAGAAGGUAACUAUUCGGGUAGGGGGAGAUUUUCAUCAACAGAUGGUUGCCAUGUAUUAAGCCGAUAUUUGCCUGUCAAUGGACCCUAUAGAGUGGAACGAAUGAAAAGCCAGGCUUAUGUUUCUCAAUUUUCAGCUGAUGGUUCUCUUUUUGUUGCUGGAUUUCAGGAAAGCCACAUUAGGAUAUAUAAUGUGAACAGGGGAUGGAAAGUUCAGAAGGACAUUCUAACAAAAAGCUUGAGAUGGACCAUUACAGAUACAUCUUUGUCACCUGAUCAGCAUUACCUUGUCUAUGCUUGUAUGUCACCCGUCACCUGUCGUACAUAUUGUUAAUGUUGGAUCUCCUGAAACAGAAUCACUUGCAAACAUUAUGGAAAUUCACGAUGGUUUGGAUUUUCUGGUGAUAAAGAUGGUGAUAAGUUUGGGAUUUUCUCUGUAAAAUUUUCAAAUGAUGGGAGAGAGCUUGUAGCUGCAAGUAGCAACAAUUCCAUAUAUGUUUAUGAUCUUGAGGCGAAGAAACUGUCCCUCCAAAUUAAAGCACACAUGUCUGAUGUCAACACAGUAUGCUUUGCGGAUGAAUCUGGCCUUCUCAUAUAUUCUGGAAGUGAUGAUAAUCUUUGUAAGGUGUGGGACAGGCGCUGCUUUAUCACAAAAGGAUAGGCAGCAGGAGUCUUGAUGGGACAUCUUGAAGGCAUAACAUUCCUCGACAGUCGUGGAGAUGAGCGUUAUCUUAUCUCUAACGGAAAAGACCAGACCAUUAAACUCUGGGAUAUAAGAAAAAUGUCCUCUAAUGCCAUGUAUCCAGUGCUUAGAGAUGAUGAAUGGGAUUACAGAUGGAUGGACUACCCACCUCAUGCAAGAACUUUGAAACAUCCUCAUGAUCAGUCAUUGGCUACUUAUAGAGGCCAUUCAGUCUUGCGUACUCUAAUUCGUUGUUACUUCUCUCCCUCGUAUAGCACUGGUCAGAAGUACAUCUACACUGGAUCCAGCGAUUCUUCUGUUUAUAUUUAUGAUCUGGUUAGUGGAGCUCAAGUCGCAAGACUGGACAACUAUCACGACGCACCUGUAAGAGAGUGUAGUUGGCACCCGUUCUACCCUCUGAUCGUCAGUUCUUCUUGGGAUGGUGACAUUGCCAGAUGGGAGUUUCCUGGAAGUGGUGGUAGACCCAUUCCGCCGAAGCAGAGGAGAAGUAGAUGGAGAAAUUUCUACUGAAAAUGGCUCUUGGUUCUACACAGUUGCUUUUGAUAUUUGGGUUAACAUAUAAGUUCCCAAUCUUUUUGGUCAAACGGCUGUAGAAAAAUUGUAGUCACCAUAAAUAAAUGUAUAGUUUGUAAUUGUAUAUGGUUAAUUGUGGCUACACACAAGUCUUGGUAAAUGUGUGUGGUUUUCAGCAUGGGGAGAAACAGGAUGUAAUUGUAGGAGAGUCAUGCUAUACUCUGCACUCUACUUAAAAAAUGUGUGAUUUUAUAUUUUUUUUCCUCGUGAGGGUAAAAUGAUAAAAUCAUAUGUUUUUAAAUGGUGUGCAGGAGUGUGAGGUUUAUGUCUAGAAUUUUUCAUUGUAGGAAUUGGACAGAUUAUGAACUAUCAGGUUAUUCCAACUUCAAAGC